AUGCCUACCGCUUCAACGAUGAUAUUGGCGAGUUUCUUUGCUCACAUGGCACAGACCCGCUGCCUUCAUCCCAACCAUAUUUGGGCUGCGCCGUCCUUGCGUACUUUCAACUCUUCUAUUGUCCGGUACUCCAAGCCAUCGUUUUUCCCCGCGAGCGCAUGCUGGUCGAAGCGGAAGCAUGGCCUCACAGACGCAGAGGUUAUCCAGCACAUCAAGAGCGCAUUCCCCCUCUCAGAACCAGCGAAAGCGUUCAGCGGCACGCACCAAUCCAUGUUGCUGGAAGGCCCCAUCCUCGGCCUUUCAGACCCAUCACUGGCUUACCGAGCUCUCCGGACGCUCCGGAUUUGGCCCCGCCGUACCCACUUCAAAAAGGCGUACACCAUCCAGCUCUGGAAGAAACCUCACAUUAGCUACAGGGCAGAAAUGUCCCAAAACUGUCCAUCUGUGCCUGUUCAGAUGCCUGCUGUAACCUACUCGAGUGCAAUGGCUCUGCACCUAGAGAAAACUCUGGGGGACCGAGCCUCGGCAUUUACUCCAACUCCUCUCCCUCCCGACACCAGGGCUUAUGAUGCCGCAGAUAAAUAUUUGCAGAAUACGGAAGAAUGCUUGGCUCGCAUGCGACAGCUCAUUGCAGUGUAUCUCACUGAUGCGGAGCACCGACUCGAACAGCAGCCAAUGCUGAGGUUGGCACUCGUGCGCCUGCAGGGCAUAAGCACCACUGCAGACGAGAGGUGUCGCGCUUCUACACUCUUUCGAAGGAUCCGUUGA